UCCACUGCUGCAUCUCCAACCGCCUGCCUGCCUGCCUGCCUGCCUUCGUGGUGGACGCCUGACUGCCAUCUCAUCUAUAUGUACAGGUAGAUUACCCCCCAUCAUCGAAUCAGUCCUUCCAGUUAGCAUGCCGGGCACCUGAAACGAGAAACGGCCACUGCGAAAACGUUGGCUGCUGUUCCGCUUACUACCAUGGUUGAGUCUGACUGCGUUUGUGCUGCUGAACACCGCAGCAAUAUCAACCCUCGAAGGCUUUCUGACAAGAACAGACUGAACACCUCAAGAUCCACCUCACAUCACUGAGCCUCGACCCAACCCCCAAAGUCCCAGUACUCGAUUGAUUAACUCGCAGCACUCCCAAACCCUGCACUUUCCAUGGCCCAGUGCAAGCAAGCCCCACACUUCGGUCCGCAAGCACACUUUCCUAUUCUACACCCAUCCACACCAUAUGCCCUCCCCAGUCGCCUCAACAUUUUAUCGGUCCUCGCGUAGGUAUAUCCUUACCGUUCACUGCAUCCCAUCGAUACGUUUGAACCUCGUCACCUCGUGCCCUCCCAUAUUGACCCAACAGACUAAGCCCGUCAGCAUUUGUCUGUCGGAAUCACUCGUUCCGGUAGUGUGGAAGUCUUCUGGAAGCCUUCUGGAAUAGUCAAUUGGCCCUGUCUGCUCGUGUCCCAUCCCGGCCCCGCAAGGGUAAAGUUUGUGAGUGAUGAUGACAGCAUGCAUGCGAUUAAAGGAGGGGGGUAGAGCAACACUGGCUGGCUGGCUGGAUUUUGCGUGCGAGGGAACUACGGUACGCUACGCGGGGGGGCGGGUGUGCAUACGAGCAUACAUGCCUUUGCUUCCCUCCACAGCAAGGAUUCCCUUUUGUUUUGCUCUGACCUGAGUUUGAAACAAUCACGGCUUGGGCCGUGGUGGUUGUCUGCCUGCCCGCCUGCCCGUUUGCCUGCUUUUUGGAUCAUGGGUGCUGUUCCUGAUGUGGAAAGUCUUCCUCUUUGUCAGUCAACAUGGGCCGGGAGAGGUAGAAUCGCUCGACAUUACCCUCCCCCUCUUGUCGAGAAACGGCAAUGCAAUGACGACAUGAUGCGGCCAAACACACAACUCUUGGGAUUCUUUUUUUUUUGGAUCGGCAUCUGGUAUGCCCAAAAGACUGUUACGCGCAAGCAUGAAAGAGAGGGAGGGUGGGAAGCACAUCCCUCCUCCCACAUGGUCUCAACCCCAAGGGCGGGUAAUGUGUUUCUUUUUAUCCUUACAGCGAGAGCAUGCACGCCCGUUUACUGGACGUUCCAAGAGCAUCGCGUGCUCGAAGACCCUCGCUGACCUGACUGCACGUUAGGCUGCUCUGUAAGAGUAGCUCAUAUCGUCACUGGGAGUAUCCAUCGUAUGGUCAAGUCCAAAUGCUUGACCACCCUCGUUCUCCUAGGAUGGGUUCCGGGGUCUGCAAUGUGAUAGAUUGCGGCAUGCCAUGAUUCUGCGAGAGACCUAAUUUGCUGUAUGUAGGUGUCACGCCUGCGGAGUCGGGUCGCCUUGGUCUAGCUGAAAACAUAUGAAGUAAGCUACAAUAUGCAUCUCUCUUUUUGGUCGAAGUCAGUGGGACGGUGCAACCGAAUAGACUCGGGUCUUUUGUCUUUCACGCAAUCAGAGACUGUGAAACAAACAUUCUUCAACUCCAAUGCUAGGACGUGGGCACAUGAGUACACAACAGUAUAUCCAUGGACUCGCGACUCCCAACAAGAGGUAGUAUGAGACAUUUCGUUGCAUCUUGUUUUCAAGAAGAAGCCUGCGAUGGUGUCGUAGCUCCUAAACUCCACACAACAUCGUUCGACGAAUACGACAAUUACUGUCUAUUAUUAAAGCAGGCAAAAUGCUACUGAUCGAGAAUGGACUUAGCAGGGAUGGAAAACUGGGUACUCCACAAUCGUGGAGACUUUUGUUCGCAAGAGAAAAAGAGAUAUCAGAAGAGAGAGAAAAAAUCAAAAGAUUCCGCCGAACCCCACUGGCGUCGCCCCACUUCAAGCCCACAACACAAUUCCAUCCCUAUACCCAAGAACACGA